GACAUGACAUUGACAUUUUGUGAUGGCAGAUCAUGUCUUUUACCCACUUUUAAAAAUAUCAAAUUCUAUUGAACUUCAAAAGUUUCUACAUGAAUGUAUAGAUGACUUAGUGGAGAAACGUAAGAUCAAAUUUGACUACUAUAAUACCAGUCCUAUCGAGUGGACUGAAGAUGAUUUCCACAACGCCAAAAAGAGUGUACAGGCAUUUUACAAACAAUGUACCAUAAAAAAAAGAUUUGAAAUAAGCCCAGAUGAUAUCGCAGAAGAUGUUAAAGAAGCUCUAAGAUGUUGCUUUGAUAUUAGAAAACAAGAAAUAUUUCAGUUUUUAGCAAAAAUGUAUAUAAUAAAAGGUGGAAAUAUCUUCAUAGAAAAUAUAGAUUGGAGGUUAAGAUGGGUGUUGGGGUCUUCGGAUUUGAUUACAUUAAAAGAACCAUAUUUACAGAUUGAUUUCAAUGGAAUUAAGGAUAAUAGUGGACAUACUGAAAAUACUUUUGUAUCCUUUGAAGCUACUUUAGAACAAGUGGACCAACUAAUAAUGGAAUUGAAACAUUUGAAAACAGAAUUGAGUGAAUUGUUAAAUUGAUAUUACAAUUUUUUCUGAUAAGUUUGCUUUCAUAUAGAACAUAUGUGAAAGUUGAUACAACUCAUCAAACUGAAUUACUUGCAUGUGUAUUUUGUAAGCAUCAUUUAGAUUUUAUUCAAUUCUAUGUGGUCAAAGAAUUUUGUAAUGACUAUUUUAUACAUUAUUUAAAUAAAAAAUUGGUUAACUGUG